AUGCCCGGAUUAACCUACUCUCUUGUCCUCGGCAUCAGCACCCGCCGUCUCAGCUUCACACGCUACACCUGGACUCCCGCCGAAUCCCCCACCUCCACUCCCCCACACCCGAAAUGGGAAGGCGGGUUCCACAACGACACACGCAUCCGCGAGGCGCUUGCCAAUCCCGAGCGUCUCACGAAGGAACUCGUCGCGGGCUGGGGGCGCCUCGCGCGCCGCGACCCUAACAGCCCCGGGCCCGGCGGAACCAUCGUUGUAUGUUUGGAGACGGAUGCCGAGGUCCGCCAGGACCCAGAGUUCCGCUUCUUGCCCGGCAGGAUGAAGGCGAUUGUAGACGCGGCGACGACAGAGAAUGGGAGUGGUUUUCGGAUGGUAUCGGUGGACCAGUCGUUUGAUAUCGAGGAUCCGCAUCGGGGCUCGGUCAGGCAGUAUCUGAGGGUGCUGAUGGCAAAGGAAUGCUUCCGGGACAUGGUCGUCUUGACGCCUGUGGACGAUAUCGAUGGCGCGACGAGGUGCAGGCUGAGCCACUACCAGUGGAUGGAGACCGACCCCGACUCUCACCCCGAGGUCUAUGAGCGCCCGAUCCAAGGAGGAGUUAUAAUCGAUAAAUCCGUCUUCGAGCUCACCUCCGCCGACCUCCAAAGCGCACUCUCCUUCCUCAAUCUCCUUAUCCCCGAGGUGAGACGCAUCGCCAUAGUCCCCCUUCUCCUGCACGCCGGCGCCGCAACCCGCAGCCACCCAGAGUUUGCGGGGCUGCGCGCGCGCUUCGCAAAGCAGCUCGGCGAGGUGCGGUUGAAGGGCCGCCCCCGAAAGGAGCCCACCGAGCAGCGCUAUAGGGGCAGCACGAUGUUCACCAUGGUACCCGACAGAUUCCAGCAAAAGGGGCUCAACGAUGCGCAGUCGCAGGUGGCGGCGUUCGCAGCGGAGAGGAUGAGGUCGAAAUUUGCGAUGCUGGUGUAUGCAGGGCGGGAGCAGACCACGGCAUGGCUGUACCGCUGGGCGGCGGUGGACGGGAUGGACGGGCCGCGGGGGCUCGAUCUUAUAGAGAAGGUCACUAUAGAGGGAGGCAUAACCACAUCCACCGCCGACGACACCAAACUCAAGGCAUACCUCUCGCCGCUAACCCAGCUUACCCAGGAACGGCUCCCCACACACGCCGGGCAUGUCUCCUUGAUCCUCCUUGAAACUCCCGUAGUGCAGGCACUCUCCCGCCAUGGAACCCCAGGCUCCUACCACACGCUCUGCGAAGCACUGCGGGCCUGCACCGGCCACAACGCCCAGGGCAGUCGAUCUGUCGUCGCGGCCUGCGCCUUGAUCCCUGGCUACGGCGAAUCGGAGGUCAAUAAUGACUACUACCACACGGAAGUGCUGCGGUCGUUCUUUGUGCGGCGCGCUCUUGUGCUGGAAAAUGGCAAGUUGCGCGGGAAUUUCAACGUCUCUGCCUACGGCCUGGAGCUCAUUGACUCCACCGCUCCCCUGGGGCACGUUAAGCUGUACAACAAGGGCCGCGCCUUUAGCAGGUGUAUACUCAACUUCUACGAGGAUGAGGACGAGUACCGACCAGACUAUAUCAGUGAGCUCACCCCCGCCCAGCUCACGGAAUUGAAGGAGUACCGAGAGAGCAAGGACGUCGAGCAGGUUCGGAAGGUGCUCACGGACGCAUUCAACGUCGCGCGCGCGUGGGUGUCCCCGCUGGCCGAGAAGAUCCCCGUAUUCUUUGUCGACACAGUGACGCCGCGGGAGACGGCGCAGCAGGCGCGGUACGACGCCGGGGUCAAAUUCGCAGAGGAGUUUGCACGCAACUGGCAGUACCGCGGGAAUCCGGUGUUAUCCGUGGAGUUCAUUGUGGUGCCGCCGCGGGUGUACACCGGCGAGGAGGACCCCAAAUGGAACGUUGAAGAUGACGAUCGUGAGCGCAUCACAAGGUAUUAUGAUAGAUACGCCGUGGUGGUGGUGGACACAACAGCGAUAGUCUACAACUGGCAGACCUGGCCCGUCAGUGACCGAGCCCUCCCCCCCCUCGCCGCCAUCAGCACGUGGACCACCCCGACACCCACCCCCGCCAACAUCUCCACCCUCCUCUCCAGUGCCCGCGACCUCCUGCCCACGACCCACGCCGGCCCCGUUCCCGUCUUCGUCUGGACCCCCCCCGGAGUGGCCGCCCCCACCCUAGAUGCCAUCAGCGAUCUCCGCGAGGCCAUCGACUCCCCCCCCGCCCCCGGCGGCGCCACCACCUUUAUGCUCGCAGAGUACGCGCCCGUGGCCGACCAUGACAUCGCGUUUGCAGCCUCCGCAGCCCACGAGUAUGAGCUCGCUAGGGCUGUCACCGCCGCUGAUACUCCUACGCCCGUGGUCGGCGUGCCAAGAUAUGCGUGGUGCUAUUCCCGUGACGCGGCGGCGAACAUGGCCGGGCUGAUGUAUUCGGUGGUGUGCUUGGGGACACAGGUGGUGGUGGACGUGUUUGUGCAGCGGUGGCCGGCGGUGGCUGCGCCUGAGGACGUAGGGGGGCGGGAAGUACAGCUGAUGGACGUGUUGGUGCCAGAGGGGCCGGAGCGGGAGGUAGGGGAGUCAAGGGGCGGGAUGGUAGGUGCUGCGUUAUUGUGGAGUGCGGUGGCGGAGCUCGGCUCGCGGGAGGUAAAAUGUCACGCGGCAAACGUGUAUGCCAUAUCUGGGGAUGUAGGCGGGGAGGGGUUAGAGGGCGCGGUGGGGAAGCAGGCGUUCAUCGAGGUGGCGGCGGCGCUGCGGGUGUUGAGUGAGGGGUUUGGGAUGAAGGUGGGCGGGGAGGUGGUGGAUCUCGGGGUGGACAAGUGGACGAUGGGGAGGAUGGCGUUGUGGGCGACGGGGACGGGCCGGGUGGGGGAGAAGCUGUGGUAG